AUGAACUCCUUCUUAGAAGAUUUGGCCUUUGCUGAUGACAUCUGCCUUCUGUCAAGUAAUGUUAACAACAUGCAGAACAAAACAACGAAAUUAAACGAAGCUGCUCAAAGUAUAGACCUGAACAUUAAUGAAAAGAAGACCAAAGUAAUGACUGUAAACAGUAAUACAGCUCAAACAGUCAAGAUAGGAAAUAACAUCAUAGAAGAGGUUGAGGAUUUCAAAUAUCUAGGCAGCAUGUUAAGUAACACCAAUGGGACGGCGAGAGACAUCAAAGCCAGAAUAAGCAAGGCGAGAAACGCAUUUUGCCAACUGCAAUCCAUAUGGAGAAGUGGGUCGAUCAGUAUGAACACCAAACUGAAAAUAUACAACAGUAACGUGAAAUCUGUGUUACUCUAUGGGGCUGAAUGCUGGAGAAUAAUACAAACUGACAUGGAAAAACUCUCCUCAUUCCAUAACACCUGCCUCCGAAAAAUCUGUAAAAUCUACUGGCCCAAAAAGAUAUCGAAUAAAGAUCUAUAUCUUAAGACCAAACAGUGCUGCAUGGAGAUGGAGAUUAAAAGAAGAAGGUGGCGUUGA